GUAUCUGGGAGACACAGAGGAAGCUGUUAAAUCAUUGAGCAAGGCUGCGGAUGUACUACGGAUUACACAUGGCACAAAUACGCUUUUCAUGAAGGACCUCUUGAUGAAGUUAGAAGAAGCCCGUGCUGAAGCGUCUUACAAAUUGUCCUCCAAAGGGUAGUAGAGUAACAAGUUGACGACUACAGUUGCUGCUGCUGUUAGUACAAGCUAGUCAUUAAAACUGAACCACGCAAGGAUUAAUGGGUGUUUUUUAUUAAUGAUAGCAAGCUUGCACAAUGAAAUACAUGAAUCUCAACCGGAUAAAUUGUUAGUGGCGAAAAACGGAAAAGGAUGGAUGGUUAGC